AUGACAUCGACAGGCCCAGGUGAUGGGCAAGGGUCUAACGGGAGACCAGAGGAAGGGCCCUUUAUCCUAAGACCGUUACUAGACAAUGUGCCGCUGGUUACGGAUGAGACGGAGGGCGAGGUGAAGAUAAACUGUGUUGAAUACUAUGAUCGCAACCUAUAUGUCGGCACCAGCGCGUCCGAGCUACUCCAUUUCGUGCAGAUACCCCCCGAUCCAAAAGAUCCCGGCAGCCCGCCAGUGUAUAUUCUAGCAUCUAGGUUAUUCCCCAACUAUGUGGAAGUCGCCGGGCCGCUACCCGGCGUGCAGCAGAUCCUGCUACUCCCUCACGCGGGAAAGGCGUGCAUUCGCUGUAAUUGGACCGUGACCCUAUACUCCUUACCGGAGUUGAGUCCAGCCUUCGAUUCAAGCAAAGUCAGGGGCUGCAAUUGGAUUGGAGGUGUCGACUUGAAUAAAUCUUUGGUCAGCGACGACAAUGGCCAAGGUCCAGCACCUGUCAAUGUCCUUCUCGCAUCGAACCGGCGGAUUCAGGCUCUUGAAAUCGGCAGCUCGAAACCUAGGAUCAUCCAGAGGAUCGAUUUACCCGGCAUCAGUCUAGCCGUUCGUAGAGAUUCUAUAGCAUGCGUCGCCGACUCGAAAUCAUAUUCACUCCUUGAUGUUGAAAGACAACUCAGGAUUCCGCUAAUGAGCAUAUCAUCUUUGGAUGAAUCUACUCCACCUGAAGAUGUCGGGCAUGCACAGAGCCUCCAUUCUAGUACAGGCGUUGGGGUGGGGAGAAGUUCGUCUCUUAUUCAAGGACGAUCCCCUGUUGAUUUUCAUAGUCACACCAGAAGCUCAAGCUUAGGGGGUUCUAUAUUAGGAAGUAUGCGAAGGGGAGAUGACGACGGGCGACAGCUACAGUUCCCAUCAGAAGUAUCAUCAUUAGAUGCAUUAUCGAGCCCGCAACCCCUAAGAAGCCCGCAACCCACCAUCGAUGGCAUUGCGACACCACCUUCCAUCGACAAGCCCUUGCCUCAAGCCCCAGGAGAGUCUGGCGCUGCUGCACAGCCUUCCCAAGCCCGGGAAGAGUCGAGACAAGUGUUCUUACAACCUCACAUAGCAUCGCCCGGACCCGAGGAGUUUUUGGUUAUCCGAGGCACAAGCCCGGUUGAACCCUGUAUUGGCAUGUUCGUGAAUCUGGACGGUGAUCCCACGAGGGCGCCUGUCAACUUCGAGAGAUAUCCUAAGGAGCUGGUGAUCGACACCGGUUUCCAUGAUUUGGCCGAUGCCCAACCAACCAUGACAGAGGGCGACGAUGGCUUUGUUCUCGUGUCAUUGACCAAAGAAUUCAAAGAUGGCUUGCGGCAUGGCAUCGAAAUCCAGUCAUUGAACUCUGACAACGACGGAGAGGCUCAAAGAUAUUGGCUAGAAGCUGAUGGAGUCGAUAAGGAAACAGAAUAUGGCAUCAGACCGCUAACUGGGAGAGAGGAGUUCAAAUACGAAGAGAUCGUGGAGAAGCUCUGCCAAAAGAAAUUCCGUCCAUUUUCUACCAGUACAGAAACGCCCACAGUUUCACUCCGGCGCUCAGACUCGAGAACAGCAUUGUCCAUUGAGCAACUAUCAAAGGAAAAGGAGCUAUUCGACCAAAACUUUGACUCUCAAGAGGAGGACGCUCUCCCUGACGGCUGGGAAGCAUCACGAAGUACGGAGUCGAAAGAAUUUGCCAGACGCCUUGCCAAGGCAUAUGCUGGCCUUGUCGUCUGGGCUGGAGAUCGGCUAUGGUGGGCAGUAAGAAACCCGCUGAUCUUGAAACUAGAUUCCACACUCGAGGCUGCCAUAUCCAAGGACCACCAAGUCGAUAGGCGUGCUGUGGUUUCCGUCCUGGGCUCUGUACGUCAGCGAGAUGCUCAAUCCGAGCUGGAGUUCCUCACAUUUGGCUACCUGCGGCAAAAGAUUGGACUUCUUCUUCUUUCAGGACUCUUGAAAUCCGCCUCUGGCCAAGGCUUCUCCGAGACUGAAGUGAAGGCGGUUGAAGAAGUUUUGGUCGAAAGUAGUCUGGAUCCUCGAGUCGUGCUAGCACUCAUCCCCGGCGUUCGAAACGAAAUCAUUGAAGGCCAGCGGGGAAUCUGGAUAUAUGGAGGCGUGAAAGGGGUGGCCGACUCCUUCAUUCAAGGCAGUGAAUUUGAGAAGAUCGCAAAUGGUCGCAUCGAAAGCGUUGGGCCUAGUAUCCUUCAAUUCCUGCGCAAGUUUCUGACAUCUUGGAGAGGGAUGAAGGGUCUGCCUAGCGUCUCGGAGGAAAGCGAAGUAUUCCGGACGGUAGAUGCGGCAAUGCUCCUUGUCCUCUUAGAACUGGACAAAAACUCACCAAAGGGCAUGGGCAAGAGCGGCUCGGUUCGAGCAGAGCUUAACGAGCUCGUGGAUAAGGGUGUGGACUGCUUCGAACGAGCAGUCAGCCUUCUUGAAUCUUACCACCGACUCUUCAUUCUAAGUCGGCUAUACCAAAGUCGCAAAAUGGCAGGAGACGUCCUGAACACAUGGAAGCGAAUUAUUGAGGGUGAACGGGACGAAGGGCAGGAGUUCCGCGACGGCGAAAUGCGUGUCCGAGAGUACCUCUCCAAAAUUCGCAGUCAGUCACUAGUGCAAGAAUACGGUGUCUGGCUGGCGAACCGGAACCCAAAGUUGGGUGUCCAGGUGUUUGCUGAGGACAAGGGUCGGGCUCCUAAAUUCGAACCUGCCCAAGUUGUUGAGUUACUCAAAGAAGAGGCGCCGGUCGCAGUCAAAUACUAUCUGGAACAUCUUGUAUUUGACAAAGGGUACACGGUGUAUGUCAACGACCUCAUUACUUAUUACCUUGAUGUGGUGGUGGGUGAGCUACAGUCGUCAACUGAGAGUCGAGAUGCCGUGAUGGCGACCUACGAGGCUUACAAGGCUCUCCGAGCACCCAAGCCCACCUAUCGCCACUUCCUUUCAGACAAUGCACCUCAAGACGACGAGGUUUGGCACAGCCGCCUACGGCUCCUUCAGCUUCUGAGUGGCGCACACGACUACGACACGACCUCUAUCAAGGAGCGAAUUGCCAGCUUGCCCGACGACCUACUGGUCCCCGAGACAAUCGUCCUCUCGGGCAGGGAGCGAAACCAUGAGGUUGCUCUCCGUCUUCUUGUGCAUAAGCUCGGUGAUUAUGACGCGGCUGUGUCGUAUUGUCUCCGUGGGGGAACAAGCAUCGACAGCUUCACCACAUCAGAUGGUCUCAGCCGGAAGGACUCGCUUCCCAGCGUCGAUACGCAGCGACGCCUCUUUAACGCGGUCCUACACGAGUUUCUGGCCAUUUCAGACAUCAGUGACCGUGUUGAACAGACGGGCGCACUGCUGGAGCGAUUCGGUGGGUGGUUCGAGGUCGAUGACGUGCUCAAGCUGAUUCCCGACAGCUGGUCGGUCGACAUUGUGGCAGGCUUCCUAGUCGGUGCGCUGCGGCGGCUCGUCAAGCAGAAGCACGAGAGUGUGGUGACAAGGGCGCUGAGCGGCGCCGAAAACCUAAGAAUCAGCUACGAUCUAGUCGCCAGGGUGGAUGAAAAAGGUCCCAGUGUUGAAGCUCCCAACUAA